AAAAGUGCCGGAGCUGGGCUUCCCUAGAACAGCCUCUCCUCUGCUUCCCUGAUAGGGCCACCUUUUGGUUUUUGUCCUAGCACCUCCCUUUCUGUCUCUGCCCUCUUCCUUUGGUCUUCUUCCUCCAGGAUCUGUGUCUCAGCUCCUGCCUCUCACUCCCUCUCUAUCUGCCUUCUGUUUCUCUUUGGGUCUCUCCCAGCUCUCCUCUUCCUGGCCUGGCUCCUCUCUCUAAUCCUGCCUCUCUUCCUCUUCCCCCCUUGCCUUGCCCCCUCUCACUCUAGGCCCUCACCUCCAGCCUCUGGCCCUGACCUCGAGCUGUGUCCUGAUUCUGUCCCUGCCCCAGGACUGCAGGGCUCCAGGAGGUCUGGGCUGCCUCCAGCUUCCCACUCCCAGGUUGCGGCUGGACUGGGACUGGUUCCUUUCCAGUUGAAUCCGGCAGCCAAACCUCUCCUCCCCCUCACCUGACAGGUGCAGCGGCCUGGCUGGGGAGCCCGCCCGCCGGCCGGCCAGGGAUGGAAGCGGCAGGAGUCUCAUUAGCAUCUCAAUUAAAGGUACCUCCAUAUGGGUCGGAGAACCAGACCUGCAGGGACCAGGGAAAGGAAUACUAUGAGCCCCAGCACCGCAUCUGCUGCUCCCGCUGCCCGCCAGGCACCUAUGUCUCAGCUAAAUGUAGCCGCAUCCGGGACACAGUUUGUGCCACAUGUGCCGAAAAUUCCUACAACGAGCACUGGAACUACCUGACCAUCUGCCAGCUGUGCCGCCCCUGUGACCCAGUGAUGGGCCUCGAGGAGAUUGCCCCCUGCACAAGCAAACGGAAGACCCAGUGCCGCUGCCAGCCGGGAAUGUUCUGUGCUGCCUGGGCCCUCGAGUGUACACACUGCGAGCUACUUUCUGACUGCCCGCCUGGCACUGAAGCCGAGCUCAAAGAUGACGCUGGGAAGGGUAACAACCACUGUGUCCCCUGCAAGGCAGGGCACUUCCAGAAUACCUCCUCCCCCAGCGCCCGCUGCCAGCCCCACACCAGGUGUGAGGACCAAGGUCUGGUGGAGGCAGCUCCAGGCACUGCCCAGUCCGACACAACCUGCGGAAAUCCAUCAGAGCCACUGCCCCCAGAGAUGUCAGGAACCAUGCUGAUGCUGGCCAUCCUGCUGCCGCUGGCCUUCUUUCUGCUCCUUGCCACCGUCUUCGCCUGCAUCUGGAAGAGCCACCCUUCUCUCUGCAGGAAACUGGCUGCUUAUUCUGAGGCGGGAGAUGAGAGUGACGGUGGCUUGUUCCUCUGGGCCCCCGGGUGGUCAAGUUGCCACACAUUGUGCUGGGGUGUGGAGGCUGAAAGGCUAGGUCUGAGGCCUGCCGGGGAGCCUACACCCAUUUCGUUCUCCAUUGCAGGAUCGCUGCUCAAGAGGCGUCCACAGGGAGAGGGACCCAACCCUGUAGCUGGAAGCUGGGAGCCUCCAAAGGCCCAUCCACACUUCCCUGACCUGGUAGAGCCACUGCUACCCAUCUCUGGAGAUGUUUCCCCAGUAUCCACUGGGCUCCCCACAGCCCCAGUUUUGGAGGCAGGGGUGCCGCAACAGCAGAGUCCCCUGGACCUGACCAGGGAGCCGCAGUUGGAACCUGGGGAGCAGAGCCAGGUGGCCCACGGUACCAAUGGCAUUCAUGUCACUGGCGGGUCUAUGACUAUCACUGGCAACAUCUACAUCUACAAUGGACCAGUACUGGGGGGACCACCGGGUCCUGGAGACCUCCCAGCUACCCCCGAACCUCCAUACCCCAUUCCCGAAGAGGGGGACCCUGGCCCUCCCGGUCUCUCUACACCCCACCAGGAAGAUGGCAAGGCUUGGCACCUGGCGGAGACAGAGCACUGUGGUGCCACACCCUCUAACAGGGGCCCAAGGAACCAAUUUAUCACCCAUGACUGACGGUGUCUGAGAAAAGGCAGAAGAAGGGAGGCACAAGGGCACCUUCUCCGUUGAGGCCGCCCUGCCCAUGUGAGAUUCACAGGGGGGCUGAGUAGGGCCCGGGGAGGCAGAGCCCUAAGGGACUAAGGCUCAGACACCUCUGAGAGCAGGUGGGCACUGGCUGGGUACAGUGCCCUCCACAGGACUCUCCCUACUGCCUGAGCAAACCUGAGGCCUCCUGGCAGACCCACCCACCCUCUGGGGCUGCUCAGCCUCAGGCACGGACAGGGCACAUGAUACCAACUGCUGCCCACUAUGGCACGCUGCACCGGAGCACGACACCGAGGGAGCCGCCACACAGUCACCCGCAAGGACGUCACCGGGCCCUCUAAAGGAUUCGUGGUGCUCAUCCCCAAGCUUCAGAGGCCCUUUGGGGUUCCACACUUCACAUGGACUGAGGUAGACCCUGCAUGAAGAUGAAAUAUAGGGAGGACGCUCCUUCCCUCCCCUCCUAGAGGAGAGGAAAGGGAGUCAUUAACAACUAGGGGGUUGGGUAGGAUUCCUAGGUAUGGGGAAGAGUUUUGGAAGGGGAGGAAAAUGGCGAGUGUAUUUAUAUUGUAACCACAUGCAAAUAAAAAGAAUGGGACCUAGAUAA